AUGCCUAGAUUUGGCUCUAAAAAGACGCGUUCGGGAUGCGCACAGUGCAAAGCCAGACGCGUCAAGUGCGACGAGAGUAGACCAUGCGGCGCGUGCACUAAGUAUCGCGUCGAGUGCAGUCUUCUAGGGGUUGCAAGCCAAAGUCCAAGCCGUGUAGACACAGCAUCUCCACACAACGAUCCUACCCCAACAAACGCGUCAACCCCCACGAAUGGAAAUGGCACAACCCCACUGGACACGGGCCUAAUCCAAGAAGCGAGCCUAUCUCCAGUAUUAGCAGGUGUCUCGGAGGAUGGUUGGAUGCAGGACUUGGAACUGACGCACCAUUAUACCGCCCACGCAUAUCAAACUAUGCCGGGCACCGAGCAUGUGAAGCAAAUCUGGGGGCUCGCGGUUCCACAAGAAGCCUUCAAGUAUCCUUUCCUUCUACACAGCAUACUAGCCUUUUCCGCGAAUCAUCUCGCGUACAUCAACACUUGCCGCGUCGCACACUUUCGUAUGGCCGCCUCGAAACAUCAAAGCGCAGCACUGACAGGUCUAAAUCAGGCCGUCGCAAACAUUGGGCCUCUGAACUGCCAUGCCAUCUUCGCUGCAGCAUCAAUGACUGUUAUCAACGCAUUUGCUGACGCGCGUGCGUACAACUUGGACGUUUUGGUGGAGAUUUUGCAGUUAGCACGCGGCAUGGAUUAUGUACUCACCAGUGUGACCGACAUGCUGAGAAAAGGUCCCUUCGCAGCCAUUGUCCGGCCUGCUGAAGAAAUGCCUAAGCCACCGUCGUUGUUAUCUGCCUUCCUCGUGGACAUCCAAGCGCUGAGCUGUCCUACUUCUGCCAACCCGUCGCCGGACGACAUCAAUGCUGCUAGGGCGGCUGAAGUACUCCGGAAUGGUCUUCAGUAUUCUUUGGAAACUUCUACUCAUCCAGCCUUGCGAGCGACGAUGAUCUGGCCGAUCGCUGUCGCGCCGGAGUUCAUCGAGGCGCUCAAAUCAAGGACACAUCCUGGAGCUAGAGCCAUCUUCAAGCACUAUUGUCAACUCGUGGAGUAUGCAAGUACUGACUUCUGGUUCUACACAGGAUGGAGGGGAAUUUCGCAACACCUGUGA